AUGUCGUCACUGACGAUGUCUACAACAAGUGUUUUUGGAGACAAACUCAAGUCUAAAAGAAGCGUUGAUAGACAUGUGAAGGUUACGGGAAUCCAACAUCAACAGUCUCAUACCGAUCGGAUACACAUUGGCCAGAACCUGUACCACGUGUCGGAGAGCGUGAAGAUCGAGGUUCCCCACUACACUGGACCGUUCCUAGUUGACCAGGGACAGAUCGCUCUUGGCAGGUGCAGGAAGUAUGAGUCUGUUCAACAAAAGCAAAACCAGAAAAAAGUAGAAAGAGAAGACUUGACAAAUGAACUGAUCUGCUUGUACUCGAAUAUCCUCGGUGGGACAGAGUAUGUGCAUCUUGGCACACUCCUUUCUCACUACAAUACCCCUGAUAUUGAACUGAGACUUGAUUCUGACGGGACAGCGAUACCUGUAGCUGAAUGGACCACUCUGGCAGCCAACAAGAAUCAAAGGCCACAUGUCAAAGUGGCAGUGCUGCUGUAUCCCUUCAACGCCAUCUACUUACUGCGGAGGCUGCAGGGUGACGUGGAGAUGCAUGUGUCCGGCUACUAUCUGUGUAAAGCAAGGCAACUCAGGCAAUUUGGCUAUCAAGUCGUGGAGAUUCCUCACUAUGAGUUUCAAGAAGCACAUGAUAAGCAGUCCUACCUUAAACAGAAGUACUUGGAGCGAUCAAGACAGCACAGUAAUGCUGCAUAGCAGAUGGCCAAACCAAACUUACCACUGUUUGCAACCUCUAUUCAGUGGACAACAGGAUAUCGACCAAUCAAGAGAAUCUGGAUACCGGCCAAUCAAGAGAAUCUGGAUACCGGCCAAUCAAGAGAAUCUGGAUACCGGCCAAUCAAGAGAAUCUGGAUACCGGCCAAUCAAGAGAAUCUGGAUACCGGCCAAUCAAGAGAGAAUCUGGAUACCGGCCAAUCAAGAUUGAGUCAGGAUAUCGACCUAUCAAGACGGGCAGUGUUACAUGACAAGCUUUGUGUGAACUUGUAUGCUGUCGGGAGUCAAGUAUUCCAACACAUACAUGUGUGUAAGUCAACAAACAAAAGGACAUGUUUAGAUAUGGGGAAAUGAGUGUUUAUUGACAACUCCAUCUUGCAAUGCCAUAAAGUUAUUCUAUACAAUGUUAUGUACAUACUGUACACAUGAGGGACAGCGGGAGGCGGAGUACUGCAACAUGAACAGCCAGAGUGCAUCUGCUCCAUCAUCGUUCACACACCUACUUCAACAAGUUUUCCCAUCCUCAGGAGUAUUCACAUUAUCAGAUUUAAAGAAAUAUGUAUCGGUGCCAUAUUAACAUGAUUAAAGCAAAGAAACAUAAUUUUUUUCUACAUGUUUUCAAACAUAGCAGUACUUUUAUUCCAGAAAAUGUUGAACUUGGUGAACUCUUCAAAAGCAAUG